AUGCACUCAAGCCUCAUUCAUCAAGCUCUGGAGCUUCUCCAUCCUACAGUGACAUCAUGGCUCUUUUCCCAGUGGGAUAUGGAUAUUGUAGGACCCAUUGACCCUCCUUCCGCCUUCGGUCAUGCCAUUAUUCUAGCAACGACAGGUUAUUUUUCCAAAUUGGCUGCAGAGGUCCCUCUAAAGCUGGUUUCAGGGACCACUGUGGCCAACUUCGUGCAUCACCACAUCAUAUACCGGUUCGGGGUUUCAGACCGAAUAAUCUCUGAUAAGGGCCCUCGGUUCAGAAGCCAUCACAUUGAUCACCUAGUCAAUCAGUUCGGUUUCGAGUGGAAAUACUUGACCAUUUACUACCCUCGAGCCAACGGUUUAGCUGAGGCAUUCAACAAAACCCUGUGCGGAGUGCUCCAGAAAUCAGUUUCGAAGUCAAGGAAGAAUUAG